AAAAAACGUUUAUAGAAGAUGUGAAUAAAAUUGUUGUUAUCGUUUUACAACUUUUCCAAAUUGAUGCGUUUCAAUAAAAUGGGUAAGCUGCCGUAUCUGUACACCGAUUCCGAGGAAACAGAGGAGACAUCUAGUUCCGUGGAAAAUGUUAAGAAGAAGAAGCGAUUGUCGAUUCUAAAAUUCGGAAACGGAAAUAUCAAAAAGAAGAAAUGCAACGUCCACAGCAAGUCGGAACCGGAUCCAGAUUUCCGAAGCCGGAGCCGUUCGAGUCAACGGAUUUUCAAGCAGAAGCUGCGUGGUAUACUGAAGCACACUGAAAGAGAAUCAUCAGACGAGGAUGACAGUGAGCCAUCUCGAUUGUUCCGCUCGCAAGAUCGCUGCCUCGUUGGACAAGUCCCCAGGCCAGCGGGUUCGAAGCCUGGGCGCGGCGGUGGUGUCGCCAUCGUUGUGAGGAAGAAUACUAGUAUAAUACCACGUCAGCAGAGUUCUACAAGCAGUACCAAGAAGAGGAAGUGGACCAAGCGUGUCGAUAGGAAACGUUCUUACUGAAGAUAAAUUCAAGGAAACCGUCAGGAUUUUGUUUUUAAUAAAUAAACAGAUUUGAAACCUG